CUUGGCUCGACGUCAGAGCCGGUGCAGCAGUGCAGUAUAAUGGGAGCGCAAGCAACCCAGAGCGCCUCAUAGGGGGCUGUAUAUCGCUGCUGUAUCCUCUGCUUGGCGCUCUCUAGCCCCUCUCCAAACCCUCUCCAGUACCUUACCUACAGCCCAUGCUAAGGCUCCCCCCUCCCCACUGGAUCCGUACCCUUCGACAUGGAUGUCCCGCCGUCCCUCGACCGGGAGGAUUGUUGUUUCUUGGCGCAGUGAAGGAGGAGAAGGGGAAGGAAUCAUGCCGGGACUGCUAAUGGAUUUAGGGAAAGCGCAAGUGACCAUGCCGUGAUCUUGCGCAUCCAGGGCCGCCGUCACCCUGCCUUGCCCAACGAGCGUAGAAGAAUUUCGGGGGAUUCGAACCCGCGCACCGGGGGGAUUAAACCACUGUGCAUUUUUUUAAAAACAACAUGAAGAUUACCUCCCAUCAUCUGAUGAUAAGCAGUCUCGUUUUCAGGUCCAACCUUAGGCUGAUCCCGCUUCUGCUGCUGUUUCUUGGUUACUCUCGCGGGAUGCCACACGUUUUAAGAUUUGGAGGAAUAUUUGAAUCCAUUGAGAGCGGCCCUUCUGGAGCAGAGGAACUUGCAUUUAAAUUUGCCUUGAACACAAUCAACAGGAACCGCACCUUGCUCCCCAACACCACGCUUACCUAUGACAUCCAGAGAAUAAACAUCUUCGACAGCUUUGAGGCUUCCAGGAAAGCAUGUGAUCAGCUUUCCCUCGGGGUGGCGGCCAUUUUUGGCCCGUCACACAGUUCGUCGGCCAACGCGGUCCAAUCCAUCUGCAAUGCUUUGGGAGUGCCCCACGUCCAGACCAAAUGGAAGCAUCAGGUGUCAGACAACAGGGACUCGUACUAUGUCAGCCUGUACCCCGACUUCUCCUCCCUCAGUAGAGCCAUUCUCGACCUGGUGCACUUUUUUAAGUGGAGAACAGUCACUGUGGUGUACGACGACAGCACAGGUACAGGUCUCAUUCGACUGCAGGAGCUGAUCAAGGCGCCUUCACGAUACAACAUUCGUUUGAAGAUCCGUCAGCUGCCCACGGAGACCAAGGAUGCCAAGCCACUUCUGAAGGAGAUGAAGAAGGCAAAAGAGUUCCAUGUCAUCUUUGAUUGUGGACAUGAAAUGGCUGCAUGGAUCCUAAAACAGGCCCUGGCCAUGGGUAUGAUGACAGAAUACUACCAUUAUAUUUUUACUACCCUGGACCUUUUUGCCCUCGACAUGGAACCGUAUCGUUUUAGUGGAGUCAACAUGACCGGGUUCCGCAUCCUCAACACAGAAAACUCUCAGGUGUCGUCAAUCAUUGAGAAGUGGUCAAUGGAGCGGCUACAAGCCCCGCCGAAACCAGACUCAGGCCUGCUGGAUGGAUUCAUGACGACGGAUGCAGCGCUAAUGUACGACGCCGUGCAUGUGGUGGCGGUGGCAGUGCAGCAAUCACAGCAGAUCACAGUCAGCUCUCUGCAGUGUAAUCGCCAUAAGCCGUGGCGCUUCGGGGGCCGUUUCAUCAGCCUCAUCAAAGAGGCUCACUGGGACGGUUUGACAGGACGUGUUCUCUUUAACAAGACCAAUGGACUGAGGACAGAUUUCGACCUGGAUGUUAUCAGUCUGAAGGAGGAUGGGCUGGAAAAGAUUGGAACAUGGGAUCCUCCUAGCGGUCUGAAUAUGACAGAGUCUCACAAAAGCAAGACAUCCAACAUCACAGACUCUCUGGCUAACAAAUCCCUGCGUGUAUCCACCAUACUGGAGGAGCCGUAUGUGAUGUUUAAGAAGUCAGACAAGCCUCUGUAUGGGAACGACCGUUUUGAGGGCUUCUGUAUCGACCUGCUGAGGGAGCUCUCUGGUAUCCUAGGCUUCCGCUAUGAGGUGCGAUUAGUGGAAGAUGGGAAGUACGGAGCGCUGGAUGAGAGCACGGGCCAAUGGAACGGCAUGGUGCGGGAGCUAAUGGACCAUAAAGCAGACUUGGCAGUGGCUCCUCUGGCCAUCACCUACGCCAGAGAGAAGGUCAUCGACUUCUCGAAGCCCUACAUGACGCUGGGGAUAAGUAUCCUGUACCGCAAGCCCAAUGGCACCAACCCCGGGGUCUUCUCCUUCCUCAACCCCCUCUCGCCCGAUAUCUGGAUGUAUAUUCUGCUGGCUUGCUUGGGUGUCAGUUGUGUGCUGUUUGUCAUAGCCAGGUUUAGCCCUUAUGAGUGGUACAACCCGCAUCCAUGCAACCCAGACUCUGAUGUAGUGGAAAACAAUUUUACGCUACUCAAUAGUUUCUGGUUUGGAGUUGGGGCUCUCAUGCAGCAAGGCUCAGAGCUCAUGCCCAAGGCCCUGUCAACUCGAAUAGUGGGAGGCAUCUGGUGGUUCUUCACCCUCAUCAUCAUUUCCUCAUAUACAGCCAACUUGGCUGCCUUCCUCACUGUGGAGAGGAUGGAGUCGCCCAUAGACUCUGCCGAUGACUUGGCCAAACAAACUAAAAUCCUGUACGGGGUGGUGGAAGACGGCGCCACCAUGACCUUCUUCAAGAAAACUAAAAUCUCCACCUACGACAAGAUGUGGGAGUUCAUGAACAGCAGGAGGCAAUCUGUGAUGGUGAAGAAUGUGGAUGAGGGCAUCCAGCGCGCCUUGACCUCAGACUAUGCCUUCCUAAUGGAGUCCACCACCAUUGAGUUUGUCACCCAGCGCAACUGCAACCUCACACAGAUCGGAGGGCUCAUAGACUCCAAAGCCUAUGGAGUGGGAACACCUAUGGGCUCUCCGUACAGAGACAAGAUCACGAUAGCCAUUCUGCAGCUGCAGGAGGAAGGGAAGCUGCACAUGAUGAAGGAAAAGUGGUGGAGAGGGAACGGCUGUCCCGAGGAGGAGAGCAAGGAGGCCAGCGCUCUGGGGGUGCAGAACAUCGGCGGGAUAUUCAUCGUGCUGGCUGCAGGACUGGUGCUGUCAGUGUUUGUGGCUGUCGGGGAGGUGCUUUACAAGUCUAAGCAGAAUGCCCAGCUGGAAAAGCGAUCAUUUUGCAGCGCCAUGAUGGAUGAGCUUCGUGUGUCUCUGAAGUGCAAACGCCGCCUCAAACAGAAGCCUCAGCCACCCGUCAUCGUUAAGACAGAAGAGGUCAUUAACAUGCACACGUUCAACGACAGGAGACUCCCAGGAAAAGAAACCAUGGCAUGAACGCUGCAUACCCCGAUCCAACCCCUCGAUAAAAACCGUGGAGGGGAGACUGGGUUAAAUGAACGCAGACUUAACCGCAGACUAAGGGUUAGCAGUCAAAACAGGAUUCCUUUCGAACCCACUUGUUUAUGUAGACGGAUGUUUCCUGUGGAAAUAUAGAUACCUGGGCAGUGCCACCUCCCUGUGACGUUCAUUUUUUGAAGAGAGCUGGAAAGGAAGGACUCAAAAGUAUAUAAAUUGAAAAAGAGAUCCAAGUAGGUUUGGGUCAAAACAUAAGUCCUGGUCCACACUAGAAGUGGACUUAAACACAUACACAUGACACACUGUAUACACACACACACAGAGACACACACACACACAUACACUCUCAUCUGACACACUUGUGCAGAAGGGAAAACUCUAUUGUGACUGUAACACCAGAUGUAGUUUUUCUGUUGAUGUCAAUGCCCUUUUGUCUUACCUCCAUGUGUGUUUGAACCCAUCGCUCCCUCCUGUCAGUGGCUUGAGUUUCUUUCAAAUGAUUUAAACAAACACUAAUCUCACAUCAACAAAGAGAACGGUAGUCAGUGCCAAAUGGUUUACUAUGAACCAAUGUAUUAAAGUGAUGUUCAGUUUGGAAUCACCUAUGCUGACCUUGUCAAAUACUCAUUGUUUUCUUUUGUAAUGCCUUUCUCGUGCCAAAGUUCGGCCAUUGUGAAGAACUUAGUUUCUACCUUUACUGUUAUGUUCAAAGCCUCUUCAAGCAGUGUACACUUUCAAAGUCCUUAUUCAUGUCCGUCCGUACACACGGUCUGCAGUUUUCACUGUAUAAGUUGUUGUUUAAAAAUGCAGGAUUUCUACAAAAAAUGUUUGUUUUUGUACAAGAACAAGAGGUUUUGUAGUACUUUGUAUCAUGGUAGCCCCUCCUGAGGACAAAAUAUGUAGCAGAUACCAACUCAGCCCUCAAAUUCUGUCAACUAGUGGCUGUGGGGCUUCAAACUCUGCUGUGUAGGGUUAAUUUCUCUCAUCAAUCAGAGAUUUUUCUCUUUUGUCUGUCAGUAUCAUGGGGCCAGCUGAACAUAUUGUCUGGGUACAAUGUGGUGGUUUGCGUUGAGUAAGAACAACAAAACUGUAAACUAAGUGGUGCUCAAAGUAGGAAAGGUGGUGAAUCGUUCUGGAAAUAGAAACAGAGCUUCUAUUAGCAAACUCUUGCUGACAACAAGUGGUUAACUACAGUAUAUGUAGCCAUGAUAGUCACCAUGUAAGACAUAGUAACACAUGCAAAUGUUGUAAACAAUGUUAUUACCCGGCUACAUUUGAGCAGACCUUUUUCAGUUUUAUCAUAGGAUCUUUCACAGUAUCAAGUCCUAAAAAACCUACUGAAGACCUAAUGAGUCAUACUGCUGCACUAGGAGAAGAAAAAUUUCACUUGAUACAAGAAAAGUAUUGAAACUAGUAAUAAUCCCACAGCACGGACGUAUUAUGUUUUACAAAAAGAAGACUUGAAGAUAAAUGUAGAUCUUUGCAUUGUGGACAGGCAGUUAAAAAUUAAUUAUUGGCUAUGAAUAAAACACAAGUCUCAACCCAAGGUCCAUUUAGUAGCUGGUCCGCAGCUUUUGAUCAUAUCAUGAUAUUCAUCAGCAGCAUCUAAGAUUUGCUCAGCUGCCAUGUCAACUUCUAAUAGUCAUUGUCAACUUUUGAGCCCACAUGGAUGAGAACUCAUCCAUGUGAGAUGAGAUGAAGGAUGAGAACUCAUCCAUGUGGGCUAAAAGUACUCAUAAAAAUGGAAACUUGUGACACUUGACAUUUCAAUUGAGUAAAUCUUUUCUGCUGAGGAAGAUCAUGUAAAAUGAUUGAAAGCACAAGAGCAGCUACUAAGUGGUAUUUAGUAACUGCUGUUUCCAUGGGUAGGAAUGCAUUUUAAACCUCAGUGAUGGGCGACCUGUGAAUGUAUAUAAUAACUGCAGUAAAUGUGAUGUGGGAAUAAUCAGCAGCUUUGAGGCACUUCCUGUUUGUUACCAUAGUAAAUGUCUCACCUUGGCUCGUUGCUUUCAUCAUGUUCCCUGAAUGGGACUUAAGCAACCCAGGGGGCGUGUUGUUGGUGACAACCUAUGAGCAGAGCAGAUCAUUUAUCCACUAAUAGUCUCCAGAUUCUCAUCACUUUGAAUUUACACAAUCAAAUUUGGCCCUGCAAUACUUUUCUGUUAACUCUGUCCCAUGUUGUGAAAUGAUACGCAUACUUGGGAGCUUACUUCUUCACUUCCCCUGUCUUCUGAAACUAGGUAAUCAUGUGAUCUGUUAUUCCAGGGAUUUCACAAACAAACAAAAAAACAUUAAGACUCUGCUGUACAUGAAUGGAUUUAGUCACUGACUUAUUUAAAACAACCACAUAUACACAUUAAGAAAAUUGACAGGGAAGACAUUAAUCCUGAAACUAGUUGGCGUUCUAUCAGUGCUGCUUGUCAUUUUUCCAUGCAGCUAAAUCUAGUGGCGCGAGCUGAAGUGAUUGAAUACCUGGAUACAUUUAUUAAAAAACUAUUUCAAAGGCUUGCCUUUCCUGUCGAAUACGAAUAUGAGCUCAUGGAAUUUGACAUUGAUGCAAGGUUUUACAAAUAACGUCAUUAAAAAUGUCAUAAUUGUA